CCACCAUGACUGGGUCACAUUUGGCCAUUAUCCUUGUUUCUCUGAUGUCCUUCAGCGCCACGGCACCAUUGGGAGAUGAAUGCAGCCAGCUGACCCGAGAACUGACCGCUGAACAGCUUGACGAGAUCUUGGGCUGCUGGAUCUUAAUUGAGGGGACAGUUAAAAAUGACUUCUUUGGUCCUGUGUUGGAUUUCAUCGAAAGCAUGUGGAUGGUGCUGAAUAGAACAGCAGACAGCCACACCCUGUGGUUAGAUCAGGCAAGCCGUCUGGCAGCCAGGCAGCAGCCUAUACCAAUGAAAGAACAAUGCCUCCGAAUCGCUAUGAAUGUUACCCUCGUCAGCGGAAAAGGGUUGGAGUUGUACAUCCCGACUGCCGCAUCCUAUCACAGGUUCCUGCACACCUGCUCUGACUGUUUGCUCAUGCACACCUACAACAAAGACAACAAUUUCCAGAUGUUGUACUUGUUUGGCAGGAAUACAACUGUGGCAGCCUGUGAUUUAAACACCUUCAGGAAACAGGCUGAAUGCCUCCAGUUUCCUCUGCAAUCAAAGUUUCAGUACGACAACAGAACAGAACUUUGUCCUGAGUAGAGGAUGAAGCCACAAAUCCUAUACUGUUAACCUGCUGAUUAUUUUCUAUAUACCUUUAUUUUACUCAUGUACUAUCUAUUC